AUGAAGCAUCUUGUGUGCAAAAAGAACGAUGCUACUGACUUUGAUCGCAAGAAGAUCAAAGUAUCUGUGAAAGGAAAAGCAGCUUGUAUCGAUGGGAAACUUUUAUGUACAUUCGAAAGGGUGGUUGUGCAGAAUAUUCUCCACGGCCUCAGUCCAUCACUUUCGGACGCGAUCGGCUCCGUUUCACGAUGGCGAUUCGUUCGAGCCGCUUUCCCACACAUCGUUCAGUGCUGUGCGUCACUGAUAGCAGAGGCUGGAGUGAGAGAGGCUGGCACUCCGAUAAGUGGAUUGCUUACCAAGAUACUCUACAUUCUACACUGGCUCCUUCUCGAUUCGGCGAAUGAAUGCUGUGAUUCGGACAGUGGAAAGAGUGUAACAGAGACUGGUGAAGUGAAUGUGCAUUCGGUUCGCGAGUACACAUUUUCAGUGAAUAGCAUUCAGCUAUUCGUUUAUCUGAUAGCACCGUUAGUUGAUGUUAUCACUGAAGAUGACAUCGAAUCACAUAUACGCCUCGAAAGUGGUCUCAAAAUAUGGCAAUCUUUGUGGCAGGUACCAUUUUAA